GGACUGGGAGUUAAACGCGUCAGUCUUCCAGUGGAGCAGUGAGAGUAGUGUGCCUUAAUAUCUUUGCUCUACAAAUCUCUUCACAUUGUACAGUUUAGUCUAGUGAACGGAACUGUAAAAAUGUCUCAAAGAACGAUCGUGCAGUGUUUUCUUGGUGUGGGAGUGCUGUUAGUGUUCCUUAAUGUGGUUGAAGGUCAGGUCCGGAGAUGUUACUCCUGUAGGUCGCGGGGGAAACUGGGUGACUGCAAAGACCCAGCUCGAUUCAACGCCUCCCGUCUAGUGCCAGGGGUGGAAGCCGUGCCCUGUGCCUCGAGCUGGUGUUCUAAGAUCAUUGAAGGGAAGAAGGAUGGUGAAGAUCACGACCUGGCAACUGAGAGGCAGUGUUUGCAGAGAUCACCACCAGAUAGUAUCCAGCGUUGUUCCGAGGCCUUAGUGGGCAAUAAAAAGGUGUUCAUCUGCUUCUGUCGGGGUGACUUGUGUAAUUCAGCUGUUGGGGUGUCGCCUUCCCUGUUACUACUGCUCGUGGGUCCUGCCGCUCUGCUGCUUCACCACUUCCGGUUGUGGUGACCGCCUUCCAUCAACUUCCUCCUCAACUGUUAGAACGUCGCUCUCUCUCACCGCCCUAGCACUUCACAGCUGUUCAGACGUCCUUUGCCACCCUUCUCUACAUCCUACUGCUCCUACACCCCAGAGGACCUCCGUACAUCAGCCUCCCCUUCCACCUGUCCUCUACCACACCAUACUCUUCUGUGACCUGGAACCAAGCAACCCCAGGAGUCGCCCAAACCCCCAAACUAUUCUCUUUUCACGAGCUGGGGGUCGUCGACAAUGUCCCUCUUGUAUUAUUUGGGGGUGGAGCGAAGAAUAGCUUUUCAUUGUUCUGAUUUUCCGUCUCUCGUGGCUAUGAUUACUAUUUCUGUCCGCCCUCUUUUUUUUCUCUCCUUCGUCUGCAGAUUCUUUAAACUAUAUUUAGAUCUUCCAUGACUUUUUAAAAUUCCUUCACCCACCAUUCUUCUUCCGUAUCAUCUAUAUAGUCACUUAAUCUCUCCUUCUUCACCUGUAUUGAGCAAUCUUCCAUCUACUUGAAUUAUACUUCAUCUAAUUUUUUCCUUAAGCACCUAAAAAACCCACUGUAUGUUUUACUAUACUUUUUUACACCAGCUGUUGCCACGUGAAAUACUCUCAGAUAUCCUCUCUUCCACCAACUGUGAGCACUGAACUAUUCUCAUUUAUCUUCUCUUAUCAUGUCAACUAUCCACACCCUUCCUCUUUAAGACUAUCUUCAGGCCAAGAAUAAUUAACUCCGGGUCCCGCCAGAGUUAUCUCCUGUGAUGCUGUGUUAACCUAUACAGUAUUCCAUUUAUUAUUAUUAUUAUUAUUAUUAUUAUUAUUAUUAUUAUUAUUAUUAUUCAUUUUAUUAUUAUUAUUAAUCAUAAAUUUAUGAUAUUGAUAAAAUAUUAAAAAUUUUCUUUGUCUAAUUAAUGUAACAGUUAAUAAUUAUUUCUUAAUUAGGUAUAAGUGCAUUUAAUGUGAGGAAUUUCUUAAUAACUCUUUUGUUCUUUGAGUUUAGUAAGGUGCGAAAGAUGGAGUUGUUGUUGUUGCUACCAAAAUUUACCAAUUGGCUACUGCUAAAAUCCUGGUCUGUAUUACCUUGUCUGAAUAACAAAGAAGAAAGUAAUCUACUCAAAUUAUCUGAUAAUAUAAUAUGUCACUAUACUGUUAACUGCUGGUGUAAUAUGGAUAGUUAUACAAAGUCGCAUAGGUAGUGGAUAUUACUAGGUUGUGCCCUGAUAUACUGAUAAGAACAGCUGGAUGUUGUCAAUCAUCGCUGUAUUGUGGUGUACUGAUGAUAAAUAAAAAUUUUCUUACGAGAUAUAUAUAUACGGCUUGCAAUGUAAACCAAGUGAUAAUAGACUUAUAUUAUACGUGAAUUAGAAGACAAAAAUGUACUGUAUAUGUGUAUAUAACGUGUGUGAGACGUCUUCACUUUCUCCUUUAUUGUGAUGUAAAAUAAAUGCUUUAUAUAAAAAAACUUCCUUA